UCUUCCUCCCGCCAUUAGGCUUCUCGUCACUGUGCGCAGACUGUGCGCGCUGUUUGCCAAGAACAUAACCUACUUCAGGGAGGCUGGAGACUGGGGGAGUGAGGAGAGCCAAGUCAUUUUUUCCUCUGGUCCUGAGGGGUCUCCUUCUCUAUAUAAGGCACUCUGAGCUGCUCAGGAGUCACACAGUUCCUAUGUGCUUCAGGAACAUCGCCAGCAAGAGACGGCUUGUUCUCACAAGGGAAUAAUACAGCUCUCCAGCGCGCGGAAGACGCUGCUCCGAAAUAUUCAGGCGACUGGAUACUAAGUGAAAAAGACCGAGUGAAGAAAGUCCUCCUCCAGUGGUUGCGUCUGAGACUCACACAAAAUCCACGGUCUGCUGCAGCCUGAAAGCCCAGAUGUCAGAAUGACCUUCGCUGCCAUGACCUGGCUUCCCAUCCUGUCCGCCCUGCUGCUGUGCGCCAGUGACUCAGCUUCUCUCUUCCUGCCUCACUCCCAGGAGCUUAGACAGCUGCUGAGUCGCUAUGUGGAAGAAGUAGACCAGACCAGCACCAGUAACACAGCUGGCAACAGGACCCGACGAGCCAUCCUCUGGUCGGACCGUGAGGAGAUCCUCCAGUUGCACAACACGCUGAGGGGCAGUGUUUAUCCUACUGCCUCAAAUAUGGAGUACAUGGUUUGGGAUGAUGAGUUGGAGCGAUCUGCCUCUCACUGGGCAGAGCAGUGUCACUGGGACCACGGACCUCAAGACCUGCUCGUAUCUAUUGGACAGAACCUGGGUGUUCACUGGGGCAGACCCCGCACUCCUGCCUCCCACAUCCGGGCCUGGUACAAUGAGGAGAAAGACUACACCUAUCCCUACCCUCAUGAGUGUCGGCCCUGGUGUCCAGACCGCUGCUCUGGGCCCAUGUGCACUCAUUAUACCCAGAUUGUCUGGGCAACCACCAACCGAAUGGGCUGUGCAGUGCAUGUGUGUCCAGCCAUGAAUGUGUGGGGAGAAAUAUGGGAGAAUGCUGUUUACCUUGUGUGCAACUAUUCCCCAAAGGGCAACUGGAUUGGGGAGGCGCCAUACCAGCAUGGACACCCUUGUUCCCAGUGCCCUCCCAGUUAUGGAGGAGUAUGCAGGAAUAACCUGUGCUACAAAGAUUUUCAGCGCUCAGAGACAGAGGACAUGAACGAGGUGGAGAAGCCUCAGGUUCCACAGCCACCUCGUACCACCUCUAAACCAGUGUCCAGGUCCUCUACUCCUAAGGCAAUCGCACCAAGGGCUUCCAGCAGCACCUACUUAGCUCAAAACAUUAAGUGUGAGACUAGACUGCGAGAAAGGUGCAGAGGAGCCACCUGCAACAGAUAUAAUUGCCCUGCUGAUUGCCUGAAUAAGAAAGGCAAAGUCUGGGGAAAUCUCUUCUACGAUGUGCAAUCAAGUAUUUGCCGAGCUGCUAUUCAUUUUGGUGCGAUUGACAACUACGGAGGUUUGGUCGACAUCACAAGAAAGGACAAGUAUCCAUUUUUCAUCAGAGCCACAAAGCAUGGCAUCGAGUCUUUCAGUAAAUUUAAACCUGGCAAUGCCUUUGUGGUGGCCAAAGUGGAAGAAAUGACUGCUGACUGCUACUCCACCGUGGCUGAAAUCUGCCCUUUCAAAAAUCCCAACUCACAUUGCCCAAGAAUCUUUUGUCCAGAAAACUGUAGGACUCAGCCUUCUUAUUGGUCACCGGUGAUUGGGAACAAUGUCUACGCAGAUAGCUCCAGUAUUUGUAAAGCAGCCACCCAUGCAGGGGUAAUAAAAGCAGACGGCGGUUUUGUGGAUGUUCUGCCACUGGACAAGAGAACACGUUAUGUUGGAGCCCUGAAAAAUGGCAUCCAGUCCGAAAGCAGCAGCAGCACAGAGGGAGGUUCCUUCCGAGUCUUUGCUGUGAGGGACUGAGACUUCAGUUGAGAAGUCCAAAGAUCAACAGGUUGUAUGUUGAUCUUUCUAUGUGUCCUCAGUGACAACUGAUCAUCCCAGCAGAUUGAUAGACAUCUUCCCCUCUUUGUUGUAGCCACCAGUAAAAGUCAUUGUCCAAUACUUUGGUGGACCUUUAUGGUUUCUCUCUCUUUAACUCCAUAUAUGGAUUUUGCUUAGACAUACUUAAUUUGUGAAUAUGGAAUAUUUUUCUAUAUUAUGAUGCAUUGAACUGCUGGUGCUGGAGGUUUUGAGUUAUUUUUACAGAAAGUAUUAUGUUUACAGGGAGGUUCUUAUUAUUACAAAUAUAAGUUGGUUUUCAUACACAGGAAUGUAUACUGAUCACACUGUAUUUAACCAUUGUGUACAGGAUAUAAGAUAUUUUGUUUGUUUUAAAAAUGAAGUGCCAUAUAUUAAGAUUUUUAUGUUCUAUUCUGAUUGCUCUAUUGCCUUAUUCUGUUAACCUGAAUAAUAUUUGAUUUUCUGGUCCUGGAAAUUUAGACUAUGAAACCAAAUCUAAGUGUAAAUUGCAUUGAUAAGUUAAAUGGUGUGCACAUUGAGGGAAGGGAUGUUGUGUUGACUGGGUAGACCAGAACUAAUCAAGCAGAUACAAGAAGACGGGAAAUGGCGCAGUAAAUAAAAGUAUAUGCUGGCACCUGCCACUGCUGUUUCCCUUUAGAAGGUUAGUGUUGCUUCAGUGCCAGAUAUGUGAAGGUAUUACAUUGCUGUGUAGUAUAUGAUAACUGAUGGAGAUGGGCCUCACAAUGGUGGCAGGUUUGUUAAUGUAGUCAGUGACUAUCACAAACAGCAGAUAUGUUUAUAAUAAGCAUUAAUAUGCUAUUUUAUAUUUAUUGCUGCUUGGUGCUUCCCUUGUUUCUUCAUUGUUUUGGUUUCUGUAAGAUAUGAAAUGGCUAAAUUUGUCCCCUUCCCACCAGACAGAUGAAUGUGUGACAUGUUUCGGAUACAGAGAGAAUUUUUGUGUGGAGACUAGGUGAAAUAAUUCUCUCCAUAAAACUACAACUUUGGCACUAAUUACACUGUGGCAUGCAGUGCAUGCAGGAGACACACAUCUGUAAUGUCUGUCAAGCCCUGUUGCCAUUGAUACAGCCCUGAUUUUAAUGCUUUCUUUCUCUGUACUCUUGUUUUGAUUUCCAUCAAUCCAUCCAUCCAUCACCUAUACUGCUUAUUUCUGGGUAGGGUCGCAGGGGGGGCUGGAGCCAAUCCCAGCUGACUUUGGGGCGAGAGGCGGGGCCCACCCUGAACAGGUCUAUCACAGUUGUCUGAUUUAGGUCUCUAAAAUAUUUAUUUUGUGUAACUUAAAUGCACAGAAAUAAAGACAUGUUAGCAUUGUUAGCAUCCUUCAUGAAAACUAAGACAAAUGUCAAGUCCAGUUUGUGCUGCAGGUUGUUGAGACUAUCUGAAUGCCAUUAAGCCCUGUUGCUCUACCCUUUGGUUUCCUUGAGAAUACAAACAUGAUCCUGUUUUUCAGAGUAAAAGCCAAGACAAAUAGACUUUGAAAUGUUUUCCUUCGAACUUAAUCUCUUUAUUCUACCUCAGUCCUAUCGCUAUGCUAGGCAUUUAGGUCAUUUCUAUAUUGGAAUUUUUAUGGGUAAUGCUAGAGGUUUUGUAAAAUUAUGGGAACUGUAAAUACUAUGAUUAUUGUUUUUGAAUUAAUCCUCUAUACAGUAAGAGUAUAAUAAAAAUGUGUGAAUUGGUUGUAUUGUUUUUAUACCAAUGUAGAAUGGGUUCUAUAUUUUUUGGCACAAUUUGAAAAUAAAGUAUCUCAA